AUGGCCUUGAAGGUAGUCAGUGCUCCGUGUCCUUGCUCUAACACAAACCAAAAAGGAAGGAGAAAUAAACGUAACUACCACCAACUCAGAACAACAUAUCCUCCAAUGGAAGACCGUCAAAACCAAAUUAAUCCCGCCAUGACCCCAUUCAACAGACACAUCUAUACCCCUACAGGAAUUGCAUAUCCUUGUGACAACGGGAACUAUGGCCCGCUGUUUGUAAUGACUACGGGAAAGACUAGCAAUGUGCCCUUUCAAGGCUCAGGAUCUCCUAACAAUGUUAAUGGUGAUAACUCAGCGUCUGGCCCCUCUUACAGCCACAUGAUCCAUCAUCCUAUACAUGUAUAUCCGUUGAAUGCAGGUGCAGCACAGGAACCCUUCAAUUUCAACUCAAUGGGCAUGGGCUAUGUUUCUUCCCCUUAUCAGCAGCAUCCUGGGUUCUGUAGUGACAGCGAUCUGAUCAAGAAAAAGGAGUUUCCAGAAAGCUUCAACCCCAAGCAGACUCCCAAUAUGCCGCAUAAAGAAAAGGUUAACAAGUGGCUGGUGGGAUUGCCCUACCCUACGGGAAAUGGAGAGAAUGAUGACAUGGACCAAGAUCAGAUCAACCCCAGGAUGAAUAUGAUUCGGUACAGAGAGUUACCGACUAGUUACUCCGGGACUUUUUCGGAUAACGAGCCCAGUAGUCUUGACGAUUGCAUUAGUCUCAGCGACUACAGAGACUUGUUAGAGUUGCAAGCCCGCAAACUCUCCUACUAUGUCUGCAAACUAUACCAUAAUCAACCAGAACCAGAGUCACAUGACUUGCAACAGCAGGAGGACGAGUUGAAGAUGAGGGUGAAUGUAUCCUACGAGUUAUCCUCUUUGAUGUCAUAG